CUGCAGGAGACAAAGCCUCAUAUGCAGGAGUUCUCCGUGAAAACCACGAUCAUCUCCCGUUACGCCUUCACGGCCGUGUCUUGCACCCUCUUCAACAGGCACGCCGCCGCCUCCGAGGGCAUCUUCCAGAUGCGCAUCCCCGCUGACGCCUAUAUUUCCAACUUCACCAUGGUUAUAGGGGGCCAGGUGUAUCCCAGUGAGGUCAGACCCAAACAGAAAAAGGUGAGGAAACCCAAAGAGGGAGAGUCCCGUGGACGGAAGGGGGAGCGCGAAGAAAAGAGCGAGGUCGGGGUGGAGGUGUUCCGUGCGGCCGCCAGCAUUCCCGGGAAGACCUCGGCGGUGUUCCUGCUGACGUACGAGCAUCUGCUCCAGCGGCGACUAGGGAGGUACGAGCAUGUGAGCAGCCUGAGGCCACUGCAGCUGGUCAGCCGGCUGUCGCUGGACGUCAUCAUCGUGGAGCGUGCUCCCAUCACCAGCCUGGAGGUGCUGCCCCUGCGCAAUGGGAAGGCUGGGCUGGCGAGGACACAGACCACAGCUAAGCCUACGCUACCUGUAUCUACAGUGAUUAAAAAGGAGAAGAAUGUCUGCAGGAUCACCUUCACCCCCAGCAUUGUGCAGCAGGCUAAGAUUGCAACAAAUGGCAUUCUGGGAGAUUUCAUCAUCCGGUAUGAUGUGGAGAGAGAGCUUGGGAUUGGCGAUGUUCAGGUCUUGAAUGGACAUUUUGUGCACUACUUUGCACCAGAAGAUUUGCCCGUGGUCCCAAAGAACGUCGUGUUCGUCAUCGACACCAGUGCAUCUAUGAUCGGGACCAAAAUUCGUCAGACAAAGGAGGCUCUCUUUACCAUCCUGAAGGACCUCCGGCCGAAUGACCACUUCAACUUCAUCAGUUUCUCCAACCGGAUCAAGGUGUGGAAACCCGGACAGUUGGUACCGGUGACCCCAGAAAACAUCCGCGAUGCCAAGAAAUUCAUCUACUCCAUCAUGCCCACUGGAGGUACAGACAUUAAUGGCGCCCUGGAAAUGGGUUCCUCAUUGUUUAGCAGCUACCUGUCAAACGAAGGCGUCCGCGACAAUGACGUGUCACUCAUCAUCUUCCUGACUGACGGCCGGCCCACGGUGGGCGAGCUGCAGCAUCCCAGGAUCCUCAGCAAUGCCAAGGCGGCAGCUCAGGAGAAGUUCUGCGUGUUCACCAUCGGCCUGGGCAAAGACGUGGACCAGAGGUUGCUGGAGCGUCUUGCGCUGGACAACUGCGGUAUAACGCGCCAAAUCCCCGAGGAGGUCGACGCCAGCGCCAUGCUCAAGGGCUUCUACGACGAGAUUGGCACCCCGCUCCUCUCAGACAUCCGGGUCGCCUACAGCAAGGACGCCGUGGAGUAUGUUACCCAGCACUUGUUCCCCAACUACUUCAAUGGCUCUGAGAUCGUGAUUGCGGGCAAACUGACCAAUCAGAGCGCGGAGUCGCUGCACGUGCAGGUGCAGGCCAACAGCGGAGACAAGAGCGUAGUGUUGGAGUCGGACGUGCCGAUCCAGGAGAGCGAGAAGGAGAUGGAACGACGCCUGGCUGCGGCCGACGCUGGCCUGCCGGUCGGGGGCUACACAGAGCGUCUCUGGGGUUUCCUGAGCGUCAAGGAUGCCCUGAGGUCUCGUCUGCGCAGCCAAAGCAGCCGGGAGAGGGAUGAACUUGGCCGACAGGCUGCCAACCUCUCGCUGGCCUACAACUUCCUCACCCCACUGACCAGCAUGGCUGUGGAGACGCCCCAGGUCCUUUUCCACAACACGCUACCAGACAGCGCAGCGGCGACCUCUUCCGGCCUUUUGGAGGCUGUGGAUGCAGAGAGGAGUCAGAGGCAGGACAGGAAACCUGGGCCAGAAGGUAAACUCAUACAGAGACCUGCUAAGAAAUCUAUUACCAUCUCCAAAACAUCAGCGGAUGGUGACCCGCACUUUGUCGUGGAGUUCCCCCUGAGCAAGUUGACUGUGUGUUUCAACAUCAACGGGGAGCGAGGUGACAUACUCAGGCUGGUGUCUGACCACACGCGUUCCGGGGUAACGGUGAACGGAAAGCUGAUUGGAGCACCGGCGCCAUCCGGGGGCCACAAGCAGCAACGCACCUAUUUCAGCACCAUUACAGUGGUGGUGGACCGGCCCAGACGAGGCUACAUAGAGAUCACACCACGCAAAGUCAUCCUGGAUAGCAGGGACAGGCUGGUGCUGCCCUGUCACACCACUGUCACCGUGGAGAGCGAUGGCUUGGUGGUGGCCAUUGUGAGUCGGUCAAAUGUCACCGUCACUGUCCAGGGCACCAUCAGUUUUGUCAUCCUUAUUCACCAGUAUAAGAACCCAGCACCUUACCAGAGGGACCAUUUGGGCUUUUACAUUUCCAACAGCAAGGGCCUCUCCAAGGACUCCCAUGGCCUUCUGGGCCAGUUCCUGUAUCAGGAGGUGGGUCUUAUUGUGGAGACCCUCAUGCAGCCGGCCCUUCCGGCCAAUGGCACAUCGGGUGCCCUGCUCUAUGGUUCCUCCUCCGCUCUGAAGAUCAAAGACCGUACGGUGGCCGUGGUGAAAAAGACCCGGAAGAUCUACAAUGGUCGGCACAAGGUGGACUGUUGGUUUGUCAGGAACAAUGCAGCCAAGCUCAUCGAUGGCCGUUACCAGGACUACGUGGUUCCACACCUCUUUGAAACCGCAGAGUCUCCUCAUGGACACAACACAGUCUAAAUCCUCUCUUCAGCACAGCCCCUCCCAGCAGGUGGCCUCUGCAUAUCCACCAUUUCUUCAUCCCUUCUUUACCAUUUACCUUUAUUCUCUUUUUCUCAGGAAACUUUGAAAUACCAGCUGUUGGUUAGUGAGACAGUAAUAUCAUCCUGAAUAUAUAUUUAUAUGGAUUUUUACUUAACACUGCGGAAAAUCAAAAUUUUAUUAAUAUCUAAAGAUUGAGUUCACAUCCCUAAUAGUUCUGCCCUGAAAUCACAGAGGCUGCGUGUGUGUAGCAUUUGUUCAUAACGAUUGUGAUGUUUUGUUUUUUGUUGCACUUUGGGCAACAAAAACUGAUUGUAUGUCAUGGUGUCAUGUAUAUUGGGCACUUACCUAAAAGAAGAGAUUACAUCAUUAUUCAGCACUGAGGUGACAUCAUUACCCAGAAUUCAGUAUGCCAGUUAUUGAAAGGGGUUUUGUUUCAAUUGAAUUGAAGGUUUUACAUUGAAAGCCUUAAUGAGGUGUAAAAUGAUUGUGUGUUUAUUUAAUAUUUAGCUAUGAGAAGAUAGCUUUUCAAACUAAUUGGUUGAGGUUUAUGCUGAAAGCUGCAUUGAGCCAGAAAUUGUCAUUAUAUAUCUCUACUGCAAAGCAGAGAGUGGACCGUUUGAGUUGUAAAAUCCAAAAACAGACUGUGAUGAAAUAAUGACACCCUGGCAACAGAGAAUAACAACAGAAUCAACAAGCUCACCACACAUGUACAAACAUAGCAAGGAACCUUCUGGUGCUACGUAUUGUCAAGCCGUAAGUGUACAUACACUGUAUAUAGUUAUUCAUUAAUAAACAAAAUAUGCCAGCCGACUUUUUUUUAACGUAUUAACAGAGAGAGUGAAAGUGGGUCAAUUCAAAAUUACGAUGAUAUGAAAUCAUUAAAUGACUCUCUUUUCCCGCCCAUUGGCAGGGUCCAAUUUAAGGAAGAAUUUUCUAUUGCUUUCCUCAAAUCUUUGUGCAGUUUUUAAUGUGGCAAUUUCACCAUGCCUGGACUAGCGUAAUGGGAACUUUGAAAAUCAACCUAUUAAAACAAGUAAGAAAGGAUUACACCUAUAAUCACUCUCUUACAAGAGAACAGUUUUACUGCACAGGAGAUGAAGACAUGUAUUCUAUCAAAUCAGCAGGCCCAGAAGAUUUCCCAUCACUUGACUGGUGACCUGGAAGGUCUGAUUACUGUCAUACACUCAAGAACCUUUUCUACUACUGCUUUUGUCCAAGAUACCAUUUACAGCUUGCAGUAUUAAAAUUUUUGUACAUUUUA